AUGGAACAAAUUUCCAACGACGAAUCUGAAGAAGAAGAAGAAGACGCUCCUGAACCUACCCCGCACAAUGAUGUUGAUACAGACACUAAUCAACCGAGACGUAACCCAGUACGGGAACGGAAACCUCCGGUCAGAUACGGAUACAACAUUCAGUAUGAUACCACCAUUGCAGAACCAACAAACUAUCACCAAGCGAUCAACAGUCCUGACUCCGAAAAAUGGCAAAAGGCUAUGGAAGUUGAACUCGACUCACUCGCUAGGAAUAAUACAUGGAAUCUGGUUGACACACCAGAUUACCGAAAAUUGGUCGACUACAAAUGGGUAUAUAAAAUCAAACUCGGGCCCGAUGGCAACCCCAUUCGGUACAAAGCCCGACUUGUCGCAAAAGGUUUCUCACAGGUACCUGGUCAAGACUUUGAUCAGACUUACGCUCCCGUCACCCGAUACGAAUCCAUCAGAGUACUUCUUGCUCGCUGCCUUCAAACCGGCGGCCAAUGCGAUCAGAUGGACGUUACUAGCGCUUUCCUAUAUGGCGAACUCCAGGAAGAAAUCUAUAUGAAAUCUCCACCUGGCUACCCUACUCCCGGCAAAGCAUGCAGACUUAUCAAAUGCAUCUAUGGCCUCAAACAAUCAUCUCGGGAAUGGUAUGCUCGUCUUUCCAAAACGCUAAUCAAAAUGGGAUUCAGAAAAGCGGACUUCGACCCUUUUGUUUUUAUUCAUAAAACAGGGGAAGUUGUCAUCGCCAUCUACGUAGACGAUAUCCUUAUCUUCUACUGGUCCGUUGAAAGCAAAAACCGCGUCAGUCUCCAACUCCACGCAGAAUUCGAAAUGACGGAAACUGGCACAGCCAACUGGGCACUCGGGAUCCACUUGAUCCACACUAAGACUGGCGUGAUCCUAUCACAGGAAGCCUAUCUUAAGCGUGUACUUAUCAAAUACGGUUUCGAUGAAUCUAGACCUGUGGCAACACCCAUCGACAACAAUGUUCACCUACAAAAAGGAACAGAAGCGGAGAAAAUCGACGAUCCAACAAUCUAUCAGUCGAUAAUCGGUUCAUUAAUGUAUGUAGUAAUUGGUACCAGACCGGACCUCGCCUACACUGUCACCAUGCUCUCGCAAUUCUCCUCCUGCCCCACUAAAGCUCACCUGGCUGCAGUCCAUCGCGUCCUUCGUUACCUCAAGGGUACCCUCGAUUGGUCACUCUUCUACGCAAAAACGCCACCCACUGCACUCAUCGGCUUCAGUGACGCAAGCUAUGCCUCUGAUAUCGACGAUCGCCGCUCAUUCACUGGCCACUGCUUUAUGCUAGGGGAAGCUCUUAUCUCCUGGCGUUCUUAUAAGCAGCGCUCCGUCGCCACCUCUACUACUGAGGCAGAGUAUAUGGCUCUUUCGGACACCAGUCGACAACUGAUCUGGUUAAGGAAUGCGAUACAUGAGUUGGAACGGAAACCGAAACUUUCUUUUAUUCUUCGCGGUGAUAAUAAUGGCUCUUUGUCCUUGGUUAAAAAUCUUGUCUUUCAUAAAAGGUCUAAACAUAUUGAUGUGCAUUUUCAUUUUGUUCGGGAACGAUACGAGGAUAAAUUGUUUGAGUUGGAAUAUAUCUCUACAAACGAAAACGUGGCGGAUUUACUUACAAAGAGAUUGGAUAAGGGCAAGCAUGUUUUAUUUUCUUCUACUAUUCACUGUGGCUUACGAGGGGAAGUCUUGAAAUAG